UCUCUGUUUAUACACUCGCAAACAUCUGCGCAUAGAGACCACAACAAAGAGAGAGAGAGAGAGAGAGAGAGAGAGAGAGAGAGAGAGAGAGAGAGAGAGAGAGAGAAACAAAGAGACCAGAAUCAGAGGGGGAAAAAAAAAACCUAAGACGAAGAGUUUAUGCAGAGAAAAAAACUUUCAAUUUUCCUAUUCAUCUAACGAGAGAGAUCUUGUCUUGUCCAUCUACAAUGCCCUCUUUGUAGCGGACAAAGGUAAUCUCACUCCCAGGAUUAUCUCCUUUUUGUUUUCUAUGGGUUUGAGUUUUUUCUCUCCAAAUUUCCUGAAAAUUAAUGGUUUUUCUUUUUAAUUUUCACCUUGUGCUUUGAAUCGAACUUAUUUUUAUCGCUUUUCAUCGAUACCCAUUUAAAAUGGGUUACUGAAGAAAGUGUUAUUCCUCCUGAUCUACAAGUUGUUUCUUUUUUUGGAUUUUUUUCUGUGGCUCAGAAUUACGUACUUGUUUGUUUGAUUUUUGACGACUGGAAUUAAGGGUUUUUCUUUAAUGGGUAUUGGAUAUUUGCUUAGCAAGCUUCUGGAUAUUUUUUUGUGCUUUCUAGGGUUUCAUCGGAUCGUAAGUGGGUGCUGCUCAAAUUUGGAAAUCUUUGGACUGGUUAGGGUUUGAUCAGAGGCGUAGUCUGCUGAAGAUCAUGUAGAAUGGCCCCAGCUUUGGUAUUGGAGUUGUGAAAUUUUAACUGGCUUUGGAAUUUGAGUUUCUGAGCUUCGAGAUUGCAGAGUGUGAUGGUGAUUGGACAUUUUUGGUUUGGGCAUGGAAGAGGACUGCACUUACUGAAUUUGGUAGACACUGAUCGGAUUUUGGAUAAAGGUUUUCUGGUUUCGUUGUCUUUCUGUGCUUGAUUCGAUGAUUUUGUUAUUGGCAUUUGGUUACAAGCAGGAGGUGAUGAUUCUUUACUGGCCCAGGAAUUGUAGUGGACCAUUUUCAUUUCUCAAGAAACCUUUUGGAUUGACAUAGGCUGAGUGGAAUUCUUGAGCAAAGUGGUUUUCUUUCAGUUUUAAGUUAAUCUUCGAUCUGACUGUGACUGUAGGGUGUUUUGAGUUAUUUAGUCUAAGACUGCUAUAGAUUUGAUUAAGAGGAGAAGUUCUGGACUUCUAUUUCUGAAUUUAUUUUCUCCACUAACAUCUGCCUGACCUUAGUAUAGACUUGCAGAGAGGAUAAGUAAGAUUGGUGUUCUUGGAGUUUUUGACUAGUGGAUUGACAAAACCAUUAAUGGAAUACUGAAACUGGAAAUGAAUGUGCAGAUAUGGUGCAUGGCAUAGUUUCUGGUCAUUUCCCUUUUUGGAACAGUGACUCAAGCACUUUGUUUUGUGGAAGGCAUUUUUGAGUUGUAUUCUGAGAUUCCGUGCAAUGUCGCGUUGCUUUCCGUUCCCACCUCCAGGAUAUGAAAAGAAGGCUAGGACGGACGACGUGGACUUGCUGAAAAAGGAGAAGCACAAGGAGAAGAAACAUAAAAAAGAAAAGAAGGACAGAGAGAAGAAAGAAAGCAAGGAAAGAAGAGAGAAAGAUAGAGGUGAUGGAAAACAUAGGGAAAAGAAGGACAAGAAGGAAAAACAAAGAGACAAAAAGAAAGAGAAGGACAGGGAGAAAGAUAAAGAUAAAAAUAAUAAAUUGGAGGAGAAGAGGAUUCCAAUGCAAUUUGAAGGGUACAAUGGAGACAAGGUCUCAGAUGAGAAAAGACUUCCUGGGAAACAUGAGGGUCACACAGUGGAGAAGUUCAUCCAGAAGGAGAAGGAAAGGGACAAAGAUAGGAGUGGUAUGUCUGGUGAAAAGAAGUAUACUGGGCAAUUUUCUGGUUACAAUGGAGAGAGGGUCAGUCAGAAUAACCAUCUGGCCGAGGAAUCCAAAGAUUAUAGAUUUGUGCAGGAAUUGGAAAAGAGGGUAAGAGAUGAAGGCGCUGGUAGUCAGUUGGUUGACAACUUUACCAUCACAGAUCGGACACGGAAUGAGGGGAUGGUUAAAUUGGUGCCGAAGACUGCUGGAACUUCUAUUGGAGCAAAGGAAAAGACCAAAGAUAAAACAGUUGAUGAUAGGAAGUUAGAGGGGCAAGGGAUCAGAGAUGAAGCAAGAGUUAUUGGAAAUUCUGUGGUUCAGAACCUUGUUGGAAUUGCCCAGCCUAAGGUUGAAGGAAUUGCCAGAAAAUUGGAGAAAGAUUUCCAGAAGAUGGUGGAAGGAAAAGAAAAGAUCCAUCCAUUUCCUGAGAAUGGAAGGUUAUUGGAAUUGAGCCAAGCUUCGUCCUUAUCUACUUCAGAUAGACCAGGGAGUGCGAGUAAUAAAGUAGAUAGCAAAGAACGGAAAGUAAAUGGCAUGAUUGAAGGUCAACCGUUGACUGUGUCCUCAUUAAAACCACCUCUGGCUACAUCCACUGCACGAGCUGAAGGUCAAUCGUUGUCUGUCUCCUCGUUAAAACCUCACGCCAUGGUAACUCCAAAAACUGUUCAAAAUGCUGAGGUGCCUAAGAAGCCUCCCCAUCCAGAUUUGAAGUAUUUAAACGAGAUUCUUACAGUACCUAAAAUGGAAGAAUGGUCUGAUUUUGACGACCAAGAAUGGCUCUUCCGCAAGAGUGAACUCCAACCAAGGAGGCAAAGGAUGGAAUACUCUGAGGUUGAUGAGACACCAAAAGUUUGGGCAGAAUCUAUGCAGAUUGACUCAGUUGACAUAGUUGCUCUGCCAUACGUCAUACCUUACUGAUUUGAUUUGAUAUAACACAGGCCGGGUUCACCCUACUACAUCUGUCUCGGACGAUCUUCUCUGAAGAACCACACUGGAGAAGAGUUCACAGGUUGGAAUGUCUAUUUGGCAUUCAUACUGCAAGCACACAGUCACCUGCAAUGGUAAUUUUAUUUUUUCUGAUUGAUUGUCUUGGUGUGAGUGCGUGCAUGCCUGGAACGGGGAUGCUAUUGAAUCGUGGGAUUUGGAGCCACCACAACCACGACUGCCGAUUCAUCAUCAAAGGCGGUGGAACACAGACACAGACAGAGUUGAUCCCCAUGAGAGGGGGGGAACAUGAUGAGGUUGCUUAGAGAGGACUGAGAAAGGAUAUUUUGUAAGCUUGUGAAAAGUUAGAGAUGCUGGUGUUUCUGAUGAUGAGAGUGUAAGAGAAACUAGCUGUGGUCUUGUUGCAACCCCACCACAAUUUUGAUUUGUAACAUAAAACACAUCUUAUUUACGAGAAGAAGAAGAAGAAGAAGAAGGAAGAAAAAAAAAAAAAGUAUAAGAUAGAGGGAAAGGGAAAGUAUUCUCAUUCAUUUAUUCA